AUGAGCAAGUACGGCGUGAUGGUGAUGGGCCCGGCGGGUGCCGGCAAGUCCACGUUCUGCGCGUCGCUCAUUACCCAUCUCCAACUCAACCGGCGCUCGGCCUUCUACGUCAACCUGGACCCCGCCGCCGAGACGUUCGAGCACACACCCGAUCUCGACAUCAAGGACCUGAUAUCGCUCGAAGAUGUCAUGGAAGAGAUGCAGCUCGGCCCUAACGGCGGGCUGAUCUACUGCUUCGAGUUCCUCAUGGAGAACCUCGACUUCCUCACCGAGGCCCUCGACUCUCUGACAGAGGAGUAUCUCAUCAUCUUUGACAUGCCGGGCCAAAUCGAGCUGUACACCCACAUCCCCAUCCUGCCGACGCUUGUCCGGUUCCUCACGCAGCCCGGCGCGCUUGACAUACGGCUGUGCGCCGCCUACCUGCUCGAGUCGACCUUUGUCGUGGACCGGGCCAAGUACUUCGCCGGAACGCUCAGCGCCAUGAGCGCCAUGAUCCUGCUCGAGGUGCCACAUAUCAAUAUACUCAGCAAGAUGGACCUCGUCAAGGGGCAGGUGCGCAAGAAGGACAUGAAAAGGUUCAUCACGCCGGACACGAGCCUGUUGGACGACGACCCGGCAGAUAUCGGAAGGAAGAAGGCCGACGUCGACGUCGACAUGGACACCUACGGCAGUACGCAGGACAAGAACGCGUUGAUGUCUGGCGCGACAUUCAAACGCCUGAACACGGCCGUUGCCGGGCUGAUCGAGAGCUUCAGCAUGGUCAGCUACUUGAAGCUGGACUGCACCGAUGAGGACAGCGUCCAGUCAAUACUCAGCUAUAUCGACGACUGCAUCCAGUAUCACGAAGCUCAGGAGCCGAGGGAGUUAGUGGAAGAUGCAGUUGAAGAUGAAUGA